GUCAUUGGAGCUCGUGCUCAUCGCUCUCAUACUUGUAGCAAGCUAUAUAAGUGAGAAAUCUAAAAGAGGAUUGCAAAACAAUAGUGUACUUUUGUUCCGUUUUAGUAAACGUUUACCAUCAGAGUGAAACAGUCGUGGACAUAAACCAUGAUUUUUCGAUUCGCAGUCUUCUUAUCUUUUUUAAUCUUCACGAUCGAAGCGAAGAAGUAUUCACAGUUUUCGGAGGCUGAACAUUGGCAAGAAUUCGAGGAGUUUUUGAAAUGGAAGAAAGCGAAGGAAAUGAGUGAGAAUGGUCCGGGAGAAAUUAAAUAUGAAAAACAUCAUCACGAAGAUCAUCAUAAUACGUACAAAUCGUCUGAAAGAGAUCGACAACUUCCUGUCAAUAAUCCACCACCUAUCGAUCAGGCAGCUUUAAUGGCAAGAUACAUUGUCAAUCAAGCUGAUUGGGUAUCCGUGGCGACAAUCAGCGCAAGAAAGGAUAUCGAAUCGUUUCCAGCUGUAAAUUUAGUUUCCUACAGCGAUGGGCUUUUAGGGAAUGGAUCAGGGAUUCCAUAUCUUUACCUUACUACCCUGGAUUUUCCAGCUAAAGAUCUUGCAAAAGAUAAUCGGGCCUCGAUGUUGAUGUCAUUAGCCCAAGGGGAAUACUGUAGAAACAAGCGGUGGGAUCCUAUGGAUCCACGUUGUGCCAGGGUUCUUCUAACCGGCAAGAUCAAACCAUUAAAAAAUGAAAGUGCGGAAAUCGAAGUAGCUAAAAAAGCAGUUUUCACGCGUCAUCCAGGUCUAAUUAAUAUGCCAGCAGAUCAUCAUUUCUAUUUCGCAAAAUUGAAAAUAAUUUCAGUGGUAGUAUUAGAUACAUUUGGCGGCCCGAAAUACGUCUCUGUACAAGAUUAUUUACAUCCACCAACAACGAAUAUUAUUGAAGAAUUCAUUAAACAUUUUCCCCUGAAAUCAUACGAAAGUAAAUCUGAAGAGGAAUAUAGUCCAAUUUCUAAUAUAUUACAUCCUGUGGUACAGCGUGUGUGAAUUGUCUGAAAGAUAUAAGUUAUUAUAACGCCAUAAUUUUAUAUACUUUUCAACAAGCAACAAGCACAAAGUUUUGAUACUAGUACUUAUUUAAAUAUAUGGAAAUCCACGUAUUAAGUAUAAUAAAUAAAUUUAUAAAUUAAAAUCGUAA